CCAGCGCUCGGACCGGCAGCGUCUAGGCUUGCGCGCGGGGAGACGCCGGCUGUUCCACGCGCUCGAUCACACGCCUUCGCGCGCGUUUGCCAUGACAUCGCGGCCAGGGCAGCCACGUCGCGAACCCUACCCGUCUUCCAGCUCGUCCGGGUAGGCCGCGGGGGGAAAAACUGGCACGCUGUCCACCGGCCUCUCUCCUGCCGCUCUAACCUCCAUCGCAAGCGGUCUCUCCCCGGAGGAGUCUGCUCCACUUCCAGGGACGCCGAAUACCGAAGUUCCCCCACCUUACCGCUAACCGCCUUCGCUUGCUGGCGAUCGGCGAAUGGGCCGCUCAAGGACAGCGCUUGUCGACCGGAACCGCGAAGAAUCCAACGAAAACAAAACGUGCGCUGUUGUUUUCUCAGUUUUGUUUCGUAUCGCGCCGAGGUCGACGCUCACGGGGAUAAAGACCGACGCGCGGACGCGGCGUCGGUGAUCGCAGUUCUUCGCCCCGGGACGACGCAGUGCAGUUCUCGACCAGCGGGGGAACAGCCGCGUGCCUUUCGAUCGGAAAUGCGUGCGCGCGAGGUAGUUUUUCAUCGUUGACCUCUUUUUUGUUCUUCCCGCCGAGGUGUGCGGAGUGGAACAGGCCCCCAACUCGCCGGCUCAGAAGCUCGUUCGAAGACCCUGCGUGUGACGGGUGAAACGAAUAGAUCUUCGGGCUGUUACCUCAUGCAGAAGUGAAGAUCUGCGGGUAUAGCGACCCAGGAUAAGAAGAGGUUCGCCUCUACAGGCGUGAGGACCAAGAGGUGCAGCUGCAGGUGAAGAUAAGAGGUUUCUGGCCUGGUCCCUCCAGAGGAGUGACGGCGUGAAGCAGUGAAGACGUAGCGUUGAGGGACAGGCGAAGAGGGCGAGGCGAGGCCAUGACGCCGGAGAUGCUGAACGCGACGGAGGACAGCAUCAGCGCCGUGCACGUGGGCGCGGACGGCUCCUCCCCGGAGGGCUGGUCGCGCGACCUGGUGCUCGCCAAGACGGCGGCCAUGGUGGCGCUGGGGCUGGCGUCCUUCGCGCUGGGCGUGCUGCCGCUCAAGCUGUCCACGUCCCUGCGGCUGCGGGACGACGGCGCGUCGUGCCGCAAGCUCGUGCUGUCGCUGCUGCUGUGCUUCGGCGGCGGAGUGCUCAUCUUCACCACCUUCGUGCACCUGCAGCCCGAGGUGCGGCUAGGCUUCGAGCAGCUGGUGGACCAGGGACUUCUGCCCGACACGGGCCACUCUGUGCCGCUGGCCGAGUUGGUGUUCUGCGCGGGCUUCUUCUUCGUGUACCUGGUGGAGGAGCUGGUCCACGCGGUGAUGGACCGGCGCGCGCACUCUGGCCCCGAGGAGGGCGACGAGGCUGUGCUGCACCGCACCAUGAGCCUGAGGCGCUGCUCGCGACACCAGCACGACCACGGUCCGCCGCCGGGCACCAUCAUCCCGCGAGUCAGCCUCGCGACACACAAGGGCGGUGACGAGGCACUCGAGAACGUGCUAUCCAGCGGAGGUAGCACGGGCAGCAGCAUCUCCGCCAGCACGCAGGGCCUGCUCAACAACUCGUCUAGUCUGUCGACCAUCCUGGUGACGGACGCGUCGGCGCCGCCGCCAGCCAAGUCCUCGCCGCUGGACGCUGGCGCCCAGAUGACCGGCGGCCGCAAGCCGCACCGGCACUCGCGAGGCCACAACCACCACCACCACCACCACCACUACCCUUCGCCCUCCGAAAACGACGCCGACCCCGCCAAGCCCAGAGACCAGGGUACUGCGGCCACCGUGGCGCAGUCUCUGCGCGGGCUGCUCGCCGUGCUGGCGCUCUCCUUCCACGCCGUGUUCGAGGGCCUGGCCGUCGGCCUGGAGACGAACGUCACCAACGUGUGGUACCUGUUCGCGGCCGUCGCCAGCCACAAGCUGGUGAUCGCCUUCUGCGUGGGCGCCGAGCUGGUGACGGCGCGCACCCGCCGCGGCCUGCUGCUCGCCUACCUGGCCACCUUCGCGGCCGUCACGCCGCUCGGCGUGGGCGCCGGCAUCUUGCUGCAAGGCGGCGGCGGCGGGGGCGGCGGGGGCGGCGCGGCGGCGGUGGUGCUGCAGGGCAUGGCCGGCGGCACGCUCAUGUACGUGGUGUUCUUCGAGGUGCUGCAGCGGGAGCGUGCCAACACGCAGUCGGGCGUGGCGCAGCUGGCGGCCAUCGCCGCGGGCUUCCUCACCAUGUUCGGCCUGCAGAUCCUCAUCGGACACGAGCACGGCGAGGGACACGGACACGCGCACUGCCACGGACACGACCACGACGCCGACCACCACCACGACGCGGCCACGACGCUGGCGGCGGCGCUGGCGUCCGCGGCGACCGAGGCGAUCACCGGGGCGCCGCACGUGCAUCGCUAGUCACCGGGCACUCCGAGACUGCUCGUCGCUGACGCCUCGCCGCGACACUGGCGGCAGUCCUGCGAACCGCGGCUUCAGGAGCUCACUGGAGACCCAAUAUCCUUGAGCUCACCUGAAGAUACAGCAACCCUGACUCUCCAACUAGCUCGUUACUGAUACCUCACCACUACCCAGUCCUGCGGACCAUGAGUUUAGAACUCUCUGGAGACCCACUGCCCAUGAGCUCACCUGAAGAUACAGCAACACUGACUCUCCAACUAGCUCGUCUCUGAUACAUCACCACUACCCUGGCGGCAGUCCUGUGGACCAUGAGUUUAUAACUCACUGGAGACCCACUGUCCAUGAGCUCACCUGAAGAUACAGCAACCCUGACUCUCCAACUAGCUCGUCCCUGAUACCUCGCCACUACCCUGGUGGCUGUCCUGCGAACCAUGGCUUCAGGAGCUCACUGGAGACCCAAUAUCCAUGAGCUCACCUGAAGAUACAGCAACACUGACUCUCCAGCUAGCUCGUUACUGAUACCUCACCACUACCCAGUCCUGCAGACCAUGAGUUUAGAACUCUCUGGAGACCCACUGCCCAUGAGCUCACCUGAAGAUACAGCAACACUGACUCUCCAACUAGCUCGUCUCUGAUACAUCACCACUACCCUGGCGGCAGUCCUGUGGACCAUGAGUUUAUAACUCACUGGAGACCCACUGCCCAUGAGCUCACCUGAAGAUACAGCAACACUGACUCUCCAACUAGCUCGUCUCUGAUACAUCACCACUACCCUGGCGGCAGUCCUGUGGACCAUGAGUUUAUAACUCACUGGAGACCCACUGUCCAUGAGCUCACCUGAAGAUACAGCAACCCUGACUCUCCAACUAGCUCGUCACUGAUACCUCACCACUACCCUGGUGGCAGUCCUGCGAACCACGGCUUCAUGGGAGCUAACUGGAGAUCCACAUGUACCACUGUCUAUUACACCCCCGAAGAUAAACUUAAAAAUUGUACUAUACUGUUCCCAUGUAGUACAUGUAGACUCUCCAGUCUGCUCGUCAUCGAGACCUUAUCUCGACCCUGGUGGUGAUGCUGGCAAUUACAGCAUUACUUUCACAACUAGUAAUGAAUAACACCUGGUGCUCGAUGGCUUUCUGAUAUGCAUGUCACUGAUGCUUCGCCACGACCAUUGUGGCAGUCCUGGCGACCACGGCACCGGGGGCGUUCAACCAAAGGUUCAUGUUCACCACUCUGUGGCACACCCGAGUAACCAUUUUGCCCUUUCACGUGAUGCUCAAGGACUCCUGGUUCUGUUGUCUUUGAUAGGAGCCCUUGUUCUCCCUGAUCCUUAGGUCUGUCAAUGCCCUGCUUAGCGAUCUACUUAAUCUCCCGAAAUUUUUCUGGACCUGUGUUUAAAACUGUGUUUAUAACUGUGCACAAGUACCUACCUACGAAUGAUCUGAUGAUCAUUAGGAUGGAGAAACCUAUUUUGAUGGGUGUAACUUGCUAUUUUAUUGAGUUCAAUUUUUCGGGGAUUAAAUUCCACUUAUUGGGACCGAUGUUUAAUCCAAGUGCAAAAAAAGUGAAUUUCCCUGAAAAUAAAGAAACCAACGUUUACAGUUCCGUUACUAAGUGAUUAUGCACAAACUAGAAGUGGUGAAUUUCUAAAAAUUUAAUGCGUAUUUAACCCCUAAACCUUUUCUUAUUUUGCUUAUAUUUUUGUAAUUAGUGAAUAUUCUUAUUUUUUAAGCAUUUCUUGGUAACAUACUUUUAAGUCAGUUUUAAAAAAUUACGCAGGAAAUCACACAAGAAAUUUUUAUUUUACUAAAAUAUAUGUGUAUUAGUGGAGCUUAGUUUUUAUAACGUCGGUAAAACUGACAGAUAUUGAACAUACUAUUUUGGUCUUAUUCAUGUUGGACUUAGUGCAGUCUGUAACUUGUGACUGAAUAAUGGAUUCCACUGGCAUGUAUUCCCGAAAUAACUUUUACCAGUAAUCAGCAGGUGAAAUUUUAAAACCCGAGGAAAUGUUUGAUAUCUGGAAGAAAUUUUUUUUUCCUUUUACGUUGAGUUUAGCAUUUACCAAUAACAUUUUUUAAAAAAAAAAGUUUAAAAGGAAUUUGAGGCUUGCUCAAGUAAAAUAAGCAUUUGUUACAGUUUUAAAAAAUUGGCAAAUUUUUGACAAUGCUACGAAAUUGUAACAAUUUUAAUUUUAAUUUAUUUUCGAAAAUUUAUUCUAAUUUACAAGCGGAAUUAAUAGUUAAUUACACAUGAAAAGUUGAACAUGUACAUACAAUGUUGAUAUGUAUAUCCUAUACUCUCUGCUUGUAUAACAUAUUAUGAGAAAAUGUGGAGUUGUUCGUGCAUUUGCAAUUAGAUUACAUUUAUCUAAGAACGUAAUUGUACCUAAACAUUUUUAUGAGAUUUUCUGUGAGAAGUUUGUUGCGUUGUAAAGGCCUUUUCACAAUACCGCGAUGCGACGCGAUCUGGCGAUGCGAUGUAGCGAAGGCAGCGACAUAAAUAUAUGUCGCCAGCUAGUGCACUUCAUAAUAGCGCGACGCGAUCGCCAUGCAGCUGGCGAAAAAUACCGAACCAGCCUGCACUCUGCUGGGGAUAUUUUACAACAUGGUUGUAAACAAACUUUUUGGCGGUAAUAUUCAGAUUGUUGUUAUUAUAUUUGUACACUGACUGACUGGUAGAAGCAUUUAAUUAUGGAUAGGAAUCGCGAAGCCCAUAAUAUAAUUCUAGUCAAGCAUUAUUUUUCUCCGUCUGAUUACAAUAUUUGUUACUAGAAACAUCGUACAAACACGGCUUUUUCUGAACUUCAUCAAUCGGACGCUCUUCAAAACUCAUUUCAAUUGAACAAAAUCCACGUGUUGUUUACUAACUCAAUACGUUUCCUACCACUUGCUUUCAGUACUUCUUCUUCUUUACCGCAAUCUUGUUUCUGAUUGGCUGUUAUUUCUGACGUCAUUAGCGACAUCGCCGAAGCGACGAAACAGCCUCGUCGCCAAGUGAGCUGUCGCGCAUCGCGGGCGAUGUAGUUGUGAUUGGCUGGUUUGGUAUGACGUCACGUCACAUCGCGUCGCGUCGCGUUGCGGUAUUGUGAAAAGGGCUUAACGCGGAAGGUAUGUAAUACUUUUAACUAUUUAAUAAGACGAAUGCUUGAAAGAAUCUGAUGAAACCUCAACGCACAUUAUGAAGUAACAAUAUUGAAAAUAAAUAUUUAUACUUCAGUACUAUGGUUACUUAGAAAUAGGAAGCUAUAGUUUUUUGUAUGAGUAAUACCUUUGGGUUCUUAUAUUUUCGGGAAAAAAUGUAGCUAUUGAGUAUAUGUUUGUAAAAAAUAAAACUACUUUAAAAGUACCAUUAUUGAAGUGUUUAAAAACAAACAAGCAGUUGCAAAAUGAAUUUGAUAUUUACUUAAACAUUUUAAAAAUAUUUUACCACACAUAAAUUGUGAAUAUUAAAGUAGGUACUCACAUUGAUGGUAUCAGUAUUUGCUGUAAGGCACCCUUUAUUUAAUGUUAAUAUGAACUACAUUUUUAUCUGCGUUGUAAUGCUGUCGAAUAACUUAUGCUUCUUAUAAUUAAUUUAACACCCUAGAUUGGUAGUUUUUUAAGUUAUUUAAAUUUAAUUUUUACAAACACUUAGAUACUAAAAUAUUUUUUGUCAAAUUGUUAAUUUUAUCAAAGUACUUAAACAAUUAUUGUGUCAGUGUUCAUUAUUGAAUUGCUUUAAAAUUGAGAAGGGUUUAUUGCAUGCAAAGUAAGGUUUUAGUGUGAUUUUUUCUCUUUAAAAUUUUUUAUUUUAUUUUUUAUUUUUAACAUUUAUGAUAAGAAAAAUAGUUUUACUGGUGCCACAUAAUGCAAUGUUCACAUUUAUUAAUGUAAACAAAUGCAGCAAAUUCACAAAAAUACAUAAAAUAUUAACUAGUACAGUAAAUAUUACUAAUGUAAACAGUUAUACUAUUAUUAAAGUUGUCAAUAAAAGUACUUUAACGGCAUCGUUUACAACAGUGACAGCUUAGUUUAAACUGAUGUAUGAUUUACAAUUUAAUGCAAUCUUUAACUUGAGAACGUUCAGACACUAAAAAGUCAAGUCUACUCUAAACUAAAUUGCUGUAAUGUUGAAAAUAUCUUGGUUUUUAAUAGUAUUAAAUCACAUAAGUAAUAAAAAUGUCUUAAUUACAAAACAUAUUUGUUUAUUAUAACUAUUAUAUGUUCGUUGGUGUAAAUUUAAUAUUUUUAAUAGUCGAAUACAUAGAAAAUGCUUAAUUAUAUAUUCUAAUCCUCAUUAGGAUUUCAAUUGUAGUAAUUUUGAGUUAUUGGAUAAAUAUUUGUGACAGACUUGACUUACAUUAUUUUCAGUUCAAAUAAAUAAGCAUACGUGUAAAUACAUUGUAAAUGUCAAAUCUACGUAUUUUCUAACGCCUAAUUAUUAAUGUGUGGAGAUUAAUUGACAUAAAUGACAUAAACUAAAUGACAUAAAAUUAAUAUUUUAAAAUAUUGAUUGUUUAAUAAAAUUGUCAUGAUCUUAAUAUUUAUCUCUUUUUAUAGAAUAAUAUAUUUUGUAGCAAACAAAUAUAUUAUCUAAAACGUGAGUACAUAGCUGUAUUCAUUUGUAUGUGAUAUCUAGGUUCCUAUCAGUAUUACUACAUUAAUUUCAAAAUAAAAAAUAAUAGAAUAAUGCUCAAGCAUUUUUUUCUUGUGACAGUAUUUCUAUAGCUGAAGAGAUUUUAUAUCUAGAAUUGAAGCAUUAAACCUACUUGUUUAUUAUGGAGGCAUGCAGACAUAGACAUUUAAAACGUAAGACCAAGUUGAUAUAAUUUGUAAAGAAACAUGAAAAUAAAUAUGAAAAUACAGAAAAUUAUAAUAUUCUCGAAAUUUUAUUGAUUUCAUUAUUCGCUACAGUACUUACUGUAUGUAAAGGAAAUGAAGGUGCAAAAUGAUUUUUCUAUAAUCUAUUUUUAAAAGCAGUAACUGCAGAUAUAUAUAUAUAUAUAUAUAUAUAUAUGCGUUUCUUUUUAUUUUCUACAGUGUCAAGAAGUAGUUUAAUUGAGUGUUCAAAAUGUUUUUAUAAGUGAACUGAUAAAAGUUCAAAGUAGCACAAUUAUGUUAACAUUUUUUCAUAGUAUGUAAAACUCUCGUAGCAGCAAACAUAUUCAACCAUUAAACACAAGCUGUGCUAGUCGCCUUAUUAGACAAGAUAACUGAAAUGAACGGAGUAUUGAGAAUUUCACCAUUUUAAUGAAUUUGAAAUUUUCCUCUUAAAAUUAAAUUAUUUUAAUAACUUAUAAAUGUGUUGUGCCGUUAUGACUUCAAGUAUAAAAUUCUAAUUUUAUAUAAUAUGAUGUAUGUUUUUAAUGUAAAUCAGGUUGAGGUAGUGUAUAUUUAGAUAUUAUUAAGUAAUAUUUUUAUUUGUAAUAUUAUCUAGUCUUUUAACGUGUGUUAGAAUAAGAUUUGUAAGUGUUAAAAUUUCUGAAUAAAUUGUUGCAAGU